AUGCCUGGGACAAAAAUCUGUAUUUUAGGAUCAGGAAACUGGGGCUCUUCAAUUGCCAAAAUCAUUGGGCGCAAUGUCAGAUCAUCAGACAGAUUCUCCCCAGUGGUGAAUAUGUGGGUUUACGAAGAAAUGAUCAAUGGGAGGAAGCUUACUGAGAUCAUCAACACGGAACAUGAAAAUGUCAAAUAUUUGCCUGGUCACAAGCUGCCAGAGAAUGUGGUGGCUUUGCCGGAUGUCACAGAGGCCGUGAAAGGAGCAAAAUUGCUUGUGUUUGUUACCCCCCACCAAUUCCUCAACUCACUUUGUGAGAAAAUAAAGUCUCAUAUUGCAGAUGGGGCCAUUGGCAUCUCACUCAUCAAAGGCAUCGACGAAGGUCCAGACGGAUUGCAGCUCAUAUCAGACGUCAUUAGAAAAGAACUGGAAAUUGAGGUCAGCGUCCUGAUGGGGGCCAAUAUUGCCAGCGAGGUGGCUGAUGAGAAGUUCUGUGAAACCACAAUAGGCGCAACAAAUCAGGCAAGUGGACUUAUCUUCAAAGAGCUACUUCAGACUCCUAACUUUCGCAUCACGGUGGUGCAGGAAAGUGACACAGUAGAACUGUGUGGAGCCCUAAAGAACAUAGUGGCAGUCGGGGCUGGAUUCUGUGACGGCCUUGGAUUUGGGGACAACACCAAGGCUGCGGUGAUCAGGCUGGGUUUGAUGGAGAUGGUUGCCUUCGCCAGGUUGUUUUGCAAGGGUCAAGUGAGCUCCAACACCUUCUUGGAAAGCUGCGGCGUGGCUGAUCUCAUUACUACCUGCUAUGGGGGACGAAACCGCAAAGUUGCAGAGGCUUUUGUCAAAACUUCCAAGUCCAUUGCAGAGCUGGAGGCUGAAAUGCUCAAUGGUCAGAAACUACAAGGUCCACAAACCUCAGCUGAGAUAUACAAGAUUCUGCAGAAGAAGGAAAUGGUUGACAAGUUCCCGCUCUUUGCAUCAGUAUACCAGAUAUGCUUUGAAGGCAAAGAGGCGAAAAAGUUCAUCACCUGCCUUCAGGAUCACCCAGAACACAUGUAA